AUGGCCUCACCAAUUCCCCGUGGCCUCAAGCAGGUGCUGCAGAAAUCUCCCAAUGACAUUGUCAUUCUCUCGUCUCUGCGUACCCCUGUCACCCGCGCCAAGAAGGGUGGUUUCAAGGACACCUACCCCGAGGAGCUCCUUGCCAACGUCCUUCGCGCCACAUUGAAGGCCAACCCCAACCUCGACCCGGCUCUGAUCGACGAUGUCACCAUUGGCUCCGUCUUGCAGGAGCUCGGUGGUGCUAAGGCCGGCCGUAUGGCCCAGAUUCACGCCGGCUUCCCUCACUCAGUUCCCUUCAACACCAUCAACCGCCAAUGCUCGUCCGGUCUGGCCGCCAUCACGGCCGUUGGCUACGGCAUUCGCGCCGGAGCCCUGAACGUCGGUGUUGGUGGUGGUAUGGAAUCCAUGACUCGCAACUACGGCUCGCGCGCCAUCCCUACCGUCCUCUGGCCGGAGCUGAAGGAGUCCCACUCCCAGGAUGCCCGCGACUGCAUCAUGCCCAUGGGUAUCACCUCGGAAAACGUUGCGUCCCGCUACGGCAUCACCCGCGCCGACCAGGACGCUUUCGCGGCCGAUUCGCACAAGAAGGCGUCCGCCGCCCAGAAGGCCGGCCGCUUUGACAGUGAGAUCGUCCCCGUGACCACCAAGUCCUUCUCGCUCGAGAACCCCGAUGCUCCCGCCGAGGAGAUCACCGUCACCCAGGAUGACGGUAUCCGCCACAAUCUCUCCGUCGAGAAGAUGGCCUCCCUCAAGCCUGCCUUCGCCGCCGACGGCCGCAGCACCGCCGGCAACAGCUCCCAGGUCAGCGACGGUGCCGCCGCCGCGCUGCUGAUGCGCCGUUCCACUGCCGAGGAGCUCGGUCUGUCCGGCUCCAUCAAGGCCCGCUGGGUCGCCACCGCCGUUGCUGGCUGUGCCCCCGACGAGAUGGGUGUUGGCCCUGCCUUCGCUAUCCCCAAGCUGCUGGAGCAGGUUGGCGUCAGCGUCCCCGACGUCGGUGUCUGGGAGAUCAACGAGGCCUUCGCCUCCCAGGCUCUCUACAGUGUCCGCAAGCUGGGCAUUGACGAGGCCAAGGUCAACCCCAACGGUGGUGCCAUCGCCAUCGGUCACCCUCUCGGUGCCACCGGUGCCCGCCAGCUCGCCGAUCUGCUGCCUGAGCUGGAGCGCAGCGGCCAGGACAUCGGUGUUGUCAGCAUGUGCAUUGGUACCGGCAUGGGUAUGGCUGGUAUGUUCGUUCGCGAGUAA